AUGUCUAUUACCGAGCGUUUGUCGCUCACAGCGAAGUAUAUGAGUGAGCUGAAGUCAUGGCGCAGAGAAAUGGCCGGUUUUCUCGACCGACCUAGUUUGAACGCUGCCCCAUUAGUCUUAAUUUAUCAGAGACAGAGAAACGUCCUGAAUCUUGCAUACUGGCAUACGGUGAUUCUAACCAACCGUCCGCUCUUGCUUACCAAUUUCGCCAGGUUGACGAACAUCACACGGAGGUUGCUGCGGGAGCAAAAUGAACGAAGGGAACAGAUUGAUGAAAGCAUCUCUGAAUGCCUCCAUGCUGCAAUGGAAAUUGUUACUGUUGUGGACGCGAUAAUCCAAGCCAAACAACUUUUUCGGUGUUUCUGGUUCACUCCUUACUUUGCCUUCUCCGCUUCCGUGAUCUUGUACGUCUACACCAUACAACACAGCAAGGAGCCUGGCGACGUAUACGGGCCGUUCUUCGCAGCUGCAGAACGUUGUCAGCAGCAGAUUAUGAACAUUGCCGAAGAGGGAUCGUUGACUUCUAGGUAUUGUCUGGUUUUAGAAGAGCUGCAUGCAGAGGCUGUGCGGCAAAUAACCCCAGUCCAGCCUUCUGUGGAUCAACAAACGCAAACCCACUAUGCAAUGGAGAUGAGGAGUGGGGAUAUAGAAAACCUUACUUCUAAUGUCGGGGAUUUUGCAACGGAAUUUGCUAUGGCAGCGCCAAACCUGGUAGGCCUGGGCCCGCUGGAUGAUUUUCAUGUCAGUCCCAGUGCUUCUCUGGAAGACCUGACUGGAUGGGAUCAAUUUGAGUCGAUGGUAAGCGCUCAUGAAAUCGAGAAGGUAUUCUGGUAUCAAUCGGCUAAUCAAGACUACCGGCAGGUUUUCUCCGGCUUCAACAAUCUCUAG